AUGACAGGGGCUAAUGCACACUCUCGCUCACCUUCUGGGUCGUCAACUGAAGAAGCGCAGGCUACGAACUGCUUAGGCGACAAAAGAGAGGUGGUAAAUUCUUGUGAAGGUUUUGUAGCUGAUACGACCAAGCCACAACAAAUGUUACAGAAGAGCGCUGCAUUAUUUUGUGAUAUUGAGAAAGAGCUGCAGCCUACAAAUCAGCCGCAACAGACAAAGGUCACGUCUCCACCAAAGCAACAGCAGCAGCAAAAUAUUGCAUCGUCUCCAGGGCAGAGUGCUGGCAGGAUGCAAUCGUCAUCAGAGACAGAGCUAGGUGCCGUAUACACGCCGUCGCACAUCACGAUUACUCGUGUGGAUGGCCAGAUGAAGCGCACGGUAUCAGUGACGGAAGUAAUGGACCAGCUUCUCCGAUACACGCAGCAGAAUACGCAGCUGCUUGCGGUGCAAGAACAACUUGGGCACGCAAACCGCAAUUUGCAGGACCAAUUACAGCGCAGCGCUGAAAUAAUUAGUGGUCUGCAGAAUGAAGUAACAAUAUUUCGACAAAUGUGUCUGAAUUUGCAGGCUGAAGUUUCACUUCUGCGUUCGAACACCGCCGUACAGAUCGCUCCAGAUGCUAGUAGCAAUCCCCAGUUACAAUAUCAUCGCCCGCCGCCUGGCAUGUCCUAG